AUGGCGCCAGAGUCUUCAGCCCCGAAGCGCAAACGCGGGCGGCCAUCCAACGCGUCCAAGCUCGAUAUCGACGCGUCGCAAGAGCACAACUAUGCGACUGAAGCAUACGAUACCGACGCGCCUGAUCAGAUGCGCGCCAAGAAGCGCGGGAGGCCGAGGAAAAGCCUGAGUUCCCAAGACGAUGAGGCCAGCCUUUCACCAGAGAACUCCAAGCCCACGAAAAAGAGAGGGCGGCCGUCACUGGGUGGCAAACCAAGGAAUCUAAUUCACGAGGAUGAAGCGACGCCGCCUCAGCAAAAGCGGAAGCGAGGACGCCCUUCACUAAAGAAUCGCGAGCUUGAAGAUGAAGACACACCAAGGCGUGGGCGGGCACGGCAUAGCGAGGACGAUAGCGCUGCGCAAGACUCGGAAGAGGAUCAGCUGCUAAACGAUACCCCAACUCAGAAGCAAUUGCCCGCGCAACGAAAAAGAGGCAGGCCCUCUCUGCAGGCUCGACGGGAAGACGAAGAGGAGGUGCCAGAACGCGGCCUAACGAAGGGGAAGCAAGAGGCGAAGCCACGAAAGCGAGGGCGACCAUCGUUACGAGAUAUCAGCGUUCCAAAUAAGAUCCAGAGCAAACCCAGCGACAACGCCAAAGGAAAGACAGCCACUGACAGCCCGUCGAAUACGGCAUCAGGCCGACGCCGUGGCCGUCCUACUGGAAGUACAAGAGUCUCAACUAGAGCAACCGCAGAAGAUUCACCUGCGCCUAACAAACAGCGCCGACCCCAAGAUGCCGAUGUCGAGGACGGGGAGGACGACGUCGCUCCCUCACCCUCAAAACCAUACCCUCAUGUCUCGCCACACAUCAAUCGCGUCCGCCAAUCUACCAUUGAAUCUAAAUGGAGCCCCCUGCCCGAAACUACCGUCGCAGCCGCCAACUCAAUGCUCGUCAUGGCCCACCGUCCCGUCCUCCAGCGUCUCUCCGGCUCCGAACAGCGCCAAAACCACACCUCCGCAGCGCUACGCCUCGUUUCUCAUCGCAUCACACGCAAAAUCGCACGCGGCAUCCCUUUUCCCCCAGCAAGCAUGCCAUCGGCCAGGGUGCCUCGUGGGAGACAAGCGGGCGCCGCUCCGGGAGCUCCUGGCGUGACCGACGGCCGUGCCACGGAGCUGGACUUUGAAAGCGUGCUCGACGCGAAGAUGGCGCUGGAGCGACAGCUGGACCCGGCGCUUCACGCUGUCGAGUUGCUGACAAGAGAGAAGGAGAAGCUGGAGAGGGAGCUGGAGAGGGACUAUGAAACGCUACGUAACUUGGAGUCCAGUGCCAAGGCUCAGGGGAGGGAGUAUCGCGGCUUGUUGAAGAAGGCGCAUGUUCUGGCACCAACACCCGAGACAGUCCAUUCACAGCGGAAGCAAAAGGCAGAGCAGGAAAUAUCCUUUACUCACUCCGGUGCCUCUCUCUCUGGGGGCCUUUUUAGUGAUCUUCAGGAUCCAGAGCUCAAGUCUCUGGCCCUUCAGCUCAGUGACCACAUGGAAAGCAUCAGGAGUAACCUCCAGCAAGCUGAUGGAAUCGUACCGCAGCUGGCACGUAGUCGUGCUGCCCUGCAAGAUGUGCUGUUUCGGCAGUUGAGUCAAGAGCAGUAUGAACGUGUGGUGCUUGGAUAG